UUACUUCACACAUUUGACAGCUUUGUCUGUGCACACAUCAACAUAACCAAAGACGAAACACGGUUUAAGUGCACUGUCUCUCCAAUAAACAUUGCAAUGUAUCUGGCCUGUAUCGUUGGAUCGUUUAUAAUUCUCUUUGCUGCUGCUGAGAGUUCUCAAUAUGAGUCCAUUCAUGAGAUGCUACAGUCAGUCACCUCUCAUGACAAUGAGGAUGACUGUAAACCUUCCAAGAUCAACAUGAAAUGUUGUAUAUGUUUCAAAAUGUUAAAGAAAUAUUUACCCAAGAUAGAGGCUAUGAUUGACAAGAAAAUAAUGGCUGUAUGCAGUGCCAAUAAAUAUUUCAAGAAACCAUGUAUAAAGUUUGCCAGUGGCAUCAAAAAAAAGGUUUUUAAAAGAUUUUUCCCCCAAAAAUCCCCUAUAAUGUCUUGCAUUAAGUACAAAAUGUGCAAAUCUUUUGACUGAUUAAACGUACACUAACGAGUCAAUCGAAGUAUCAGAUUUUAGAUAAGUUUGUACACUUGUUUGUUUUGCCAGAAGCGUGAACUAAUAAAUACUCUGAAUGAAAAAAACAGCAUGAGCAGAUGAUUCAUUCUGUGUUUUAAAUACAUCUAAGGAAGCAAAUAACUGACAUCUGAAACUAAAAAAAUCUAAUAAUACUGAUGGUUAUUUAGCCAUUUACAAUAUCGGUACACUGGCUUUAAAAUCAAUUAACCAUAAUUCAAGAAUUCAGGUACAAUAUUAGGUGAACUGAAGAGACAGUUAGUGUAGAAAAUGCUGACUGGAGCUCUUAUAAAAACACGCUUGACACUUUGGUCCACAGUGGUUUUGGUGCCCUGAACAUCAGCAGUCCAAAAGACUUGCAUAGACAUUUAUUAUCUUCAGCGUUCUUUAUAACUUUGAAGACGACAAACACGAGAGACGGUUUCACUUGAACUGAAAAUCACCUGAACUCUUAAAGAAAGCAAAUUUGUUUUAGCUAAGCGACUUAUUAAGUAGAGGAUUUGAAGAACAAUGUCACCUGUUGUUCAUUUUGGACUGCUUAUUGCAUGCUCAGUUCUUGUUGGGUGUAGCAGCAUUAACAAGAAACAAUGGAAGAGCAUGCUGGAAAGAAAUGAGCUAAACCUUCUCGAAGAAGUCGAAAUGAGUCAUGAAUUGAACACUGAGAAGUCUGACAUGAACACCAUUAUGUGCUGGGUUUGCAAGACAUCAAUUCAUGAGAUCAAGGGUGUGGUUAUCCAUGGGGUUAAAAAGGAAAUAAAGGCACUGUGCAAAGCAAUGAAAAUUCUUGAAAACAUCUGUGAGCACACUGCAUAUAAAUACCAAUUACUGGUAGUUCAUUUACUGUUUCCUGGUAAUAGCAAACAAACCUGUCACCAUUUGAGCAUGUGUAAAUAAAUUGUAUUGCUAUGUCAUGAAGAAUCAAAUUAUUUUCCAAAUAUUUCAAUAAAUCAGUCUGUGUUUGAUGUUGUUGUUUUUCCCCCAAUGCAGGCAAUGCAGUUUUACUUUUCUAGAAUAUUGUGUGUAUUGUACGCUGUCUAAAACAUUAUAAGCUAAAUCUAAUAACCAACAAAAAUGCAAUAAAUUUGUUUAUUUGAUAGUAAUUUACUGCCUCUCCUGCAUAUUUUGUUCACUUAUUCACUAACCAUGAUACUAGAUUUUAUUUGCAUUUGCUGAAAACCUUUUAAUAAACAAAACAGUAAGGUUUUUAAUAGGAAAUAUCUUCCCAGAUAUUCCCAGUUUGUUUUUGUUUUUUAUAUAUUCUGACCUCUGAUUGAAGAAUACUUGGCCAUGUGACUGCUGACACAAUUCCCGCGUUGGGAAGGGAGAGGAAGUGCACGUGCGCUAUCGCGCCACGUCCAGUUUGAAAUAUUUUUUAUUUCAUUUUAAUUCACUUUUACAUUAUCAUUAAUGUUACAGACAUCCGCUAAACUGCAAUAUUACCUUCUCCAGUAACUUAGUUGCUUUAAACACAUCCCUGAGAGCGCGUGAAACCAUGCGCGUGUCGUAAUUACUGUGCCGCGGUUUUUAAACUGAGGUAAAUUUUGUUUACAGCUGGCACUUCUGUAAUAUCAGCUGAUUUAAUCGCUGAAACAUGAUGAAACUGAGCCGACCAUGGGCAGAAACAGCCCCGUCUGGACCUGCUCACAGCCUGCAGAUCCGGCGCGGCCCGCGGAGAACCAGGCCGACCCCAGCGGCUCGGAACCAGGCUGACUCCGCUCAGCAGCCUCCCAGGAAGACGCCCGGGCCGAGCCUGCUGAUCCAGAGGCAGGAGAUGGCCGCCUUCCUCAGACUGUUCGAUGAUGAUCUCAUACAGGACUUUCUGUGGAUGGACUGCUGCUGUAAACUUACAGACAAGUAUUUGUUGGCUAUGACAUUUGUGUACUUCAGGAGGGCACGCUUCAGUAUCACUGAACACAGUAGAAUGAACUUCUUCCUUGCCCUCUAUCUGGCAAACACUAUGGAAGAGGAUGAGGAGGAAACCAAAUAUGAGAUCUUCCCCUGGGCUUUGGGAAAGAGUUGGAGGAAACAUUUCCCACGAUUCCUAACAGAAAGAGACCAGCUGUGGGCACGCAUAGCAUACAGAGCGGCUGUCAGCAGACAAUGCUGCGAGGAGGUAAUGGCUAUUGUGCCAUCUCACUUCAUCUGGCAGCGUGAGCGUGCAGAACAUCACAGUGGAGCUCAGAGACUGUACCAUAACCGUGAGGAGAUCCUCAUUCCCCGCGGGCCCUCUGCUUCGCCAGAGCCUUGCUUUCUCUGUGCCAAAACCUCUGCUCUUCGUGUACCUCGUCCAUCCUCUACUGGAGUCCGCUCUUACCCUGUGCCACUGAAGGGCACUGCACACAAGGUCCAAGAUUCACAUGGGCCUAGUAAGAAGACCAAAGCUCGGCACACCUCUAAUUGCAAGACUAAAUCAGGCACGCUUGCAGGAAGUGAUGCAUGUCAAGAUCAUUCAAUGGACUGGAUCAGUGAGGAGUAGCUUUAUUGCAUAACAGCAAACCGAUCAUAUGCUUGUUGACCAUAUCAGAGGCAUUUCAGCUGUCUGAGAGCCACAAAAGAAUUUCAGUCUCUAAACUAACCUGAGAAAUGUAUAGCUUUGUUGUGAAUAGGGUGAUAAGUCAUGUACAUUGUUCAUAUAAGAUGUAAGAAUAUGUCAGAAAAUAUUGUGUGACGGUUUGUACAUGUAUUUUACUGUAUCAUAAUCCUCAUCAUUAUUUAUUUCUAAUUGUUGUGCAAAGUACUUUGCUAUUUCUGUAGUGUGCACUUGUUACUCUCUUAUGUCUUAGACAUAAUUGUGAAUGAAAUGUUUAGGAGUUAAACAUUGCAGGAUUAAGUCUUGUCUUAAAUAAGUAUAACGUGGCUGAUAUAAAUAUGAAUAAACUCCUAUGAAAUUUAGUCUAUGAAUGGAGCAGAUAGAUUUAUUAUAUAUUUGGCCUGAAUACUCUGUAAGGAGAAUGCAAUAAAAUGUCUUUUUAUUGUACAAGUUUACUGAUACAGCAUAUGAAACCGUAGCUUUGUUGUGCUCUUGCAUAUAUUAAAU